AUGAGCUAUCCUGUAGUAGUUGCUAUUGAUUUUGGAACGACUUAUUCCGGUUUCGCUUAUGCUCACAUUGCCAGACCAGCAGAUAUUACUAGUCAUGAUUCAUGGCCAGGUCAAAAUAAGACACGAUUCAAAGCUCCAAAAAAUAAUACAGUUUUACAAUACGAUAAUUCAUACGAUAAAGUCAUAGCAUGGGGUUAUCAAGCGUUGGCCCGAGAACCUAGGAGAAGAAGAAAUAAUGCAGUAGAACCCGUAUCAAAACCUGUAGAAUAUUUUAAAUUACUUCUUAAAUAUGACUCAAAAAGAUCAGAUAAAAUACGCAUGCCUGCAGGACUAGAUUAUCGUAAAGCAAUUGCUGAUUAUCUAAAAGCCAUGAAACCAUUAAUUUCAGAAACUAUUACAAAACGUUGGCCUACUGUAAGCUUUCCUAAUCAAGUUAGAUUAGUCUUUACAGUUCCAGCCGAGUGGGGUCCAGGGACUAUCGGAGUAUUACAAGAGUGUAUAUAUGCCGCUGGUUAUUUAGAAAAUGAAAAUUCAAAUAAUAAUUUAGAAUUUAUUACAGAACCUGAAGCAGUCGCACUGUAUUGUAUGGAUAAAUUGAAUGAACAUUUGUUGAAAGAAGGAUCUACAUUUAUGGUAGUGGAUUGUGGAGGUGGCACAGUGGAUUUAACAACUCGAAAAUUAGCAACCAGUGAUACUUUAUCAGAAGUUAGUGAACGAACAGGAGAUUUCUGCGGAUCAACUUAUGUUGAUGAUGAAUUUAUUACUUUCUUAAAAAAUGAACUAGGAUCUAAAGCAAUGAGUGAUUUUAAAGAAAAUCAUUAUGAUGAGUAUCAAUAUUUAAUUCAUCAUUUCUUUUGUCCAGAAAUAAAGUUUGGGUUUGAUGGUGAUAGUUUUGAUGCAACAGACUUGGACAUUGGAAGAUUCUGUCCAGCGCUUAAGGAUUAUAUAACCAAAGAUAUUAGUGAUAAAUUGAGAAAAGAGGACUGGUUACUAGAGAUUACUUAUGAAGAUGUUCUUGCAAUGUUUGAUCCAGUAAUAAACCGAAUUAUUCGUUUAAUCCGUAAUCAAUUAACAGCUUCAAAAGAAAAAUGUUCUGCUUUAUUUUUGGCUGGAGGUUUUUCAGAAUCUCCAUAUCUUAUCUCAAAAAUAAAGAAUGCAUUUGGUUCUACAGUAUCAAUUAUUUCCGUGCCUCAAAAUCCAAUAUCUGCUGUUGUACGUGGAGGGGUUAUCUAUGGUUUAAACACAAAGGCUAUUGCAACACGUCAAUUGACAUUGAAUUAUGAGUGGGUAACAGGAGAUCCACUAGAAAAAAAAACAGAAGAUGAUCAUAUAUUCAAAUUUGAUUGUUUAGCAAAACGUGGAGUGGAAUAUUCACCAACUCAAGAUUUUUCUAGCACUUAUUCCCCUGUUUACCCUGACCAAAAAGGCAUGAAUUUCCAGAUAUAUGCUACACCAAGAAAUAAUCAAAAAUUUUGUGAUGAACCUGGUAUGGGAUUGAUUGGAGAAUUGUUUAUUGAAUUACCUGAUGUUAAAUAUCAGCUCGAUAGACCUGUGGAAUUUUCUUUGAUGUUUGGUGAACUGCUUAUUACUGCAACUGCAUGGUGCAAAAAAUCAGGAAAAGCUUGUAAAGCUACAUUUGAAUAUGCUAGACCUGAAGCUUAUGAAGUAAAAAAUCGCAGCUGGUUUAUUUGA